CCCUCAAGAGCACGAAGCCUUGCGCGUGCUCAAGAGACAGUAGUUUCCUGCGUGUUGUGGGCAGAUUUCUGCGUGGAGCGCCUACUCUCCACUCCUUCCCAGCUUUGAAAACGCUUAAAUUGCAGAGUCAGCGGCAUACUCCUGACACAACAGGCACGUGUUUAUCAUUAGGUCCAUUGAGGAACCCAGAUAUGGAUGCUGAGCAGAACCAGGUGUUGGACACCGCAUCAGAGACUCGAGAGCAACAGGAGACGGGAGCAGGAGACUGCCCCCAGUCACAACACGUCUCUCCAAUAGAUCCUGCAGAAUCACCAGUGACUAGGCAAGAAAUGGAGCAUUUGCAAGAUGUGGUUACAGAAUCAGGACCGUCAGAAGAAACGCAAGAGACGGCGCCUAAAGCAGAAAAAUCCCCAAUGAAAAUGGUUGUAUCUCCUGAGAAGGUUCCAGAGACCUCUACAGAAGUUGUGACUAAAGCAGAAAAACAACCAGAACUAGAGAGCUCAACAGAGGUCUCUGAGCCAGCUACAGCAAUGUACGUAGAACGUGAAAACAUCCAGACCGCAGAGCCUAAAAAGCAGCCAAUGCCAGAGAGAACACCAGAGCCUCUAGCAGAGAAUAACAUUGAAACUGCGCCAGAGAAAAUAGCAGAACCCGUCCCAGAGGCUGUUAAACUGUCUGAGCAGGCAGCGCCCGAGCCUGUCACACAGCCAGAAUCUGAGGACGUGAAACUGCUCGAACCAGAAGAGAAAGGGCCUGAAGAAUCUGAGAAGCAGGCAGAAUCUGGUAUUGUGUUGGAGGUGGUGCCAGAGAUGCCAGCAGAGCCUGAAACUGUAAAGGAAGUGGAGGCAGACAGACCGACCGAAGCUGAAAUUGUACCGGAUCCAGAGCCAAAGAAAUCAGUAGCGGCUGAGACUGUGAAGAUGGUGGAAGCAGAGAAACCAGUAGAAGCUGAGACUGUGAAGAAAGUGGAAGCAGAGAAACCAGUAGCGGCUGAGACUGUGAAGAUGGUGGAAGCAGAGAAACCCGUAGAAGCUGAGACUGUGAAGAUGGUGGAAGCAGAGAAACCCAUAGCGGCUGAGACUGUGAUGGAAAAGAAACUGGUAGAAGCUGAAAUGGUAAAAGUUGAGUCGGAGAAACAGGCAGAAGGUGAUGCAGUGGAGCAGCAGAAGGCAGAAGUUGUCGAGCAGGUCCCUUCUCCUGGCACUUUGUCUUUCGCUUUCCUGGAGCAUGAGCAGACCAAAGCCACCCUUCGCACCUCUCGCACUCUAAUCAUCCUCAGAGGCCUCCCCGGCAGCGGCAAGAGCCUCUUGGCACGUGCCAUUGCAGAUAGCUACCAGGGUCUCUGCACUGUCUGCUGUGCUGAUGACCAUGGUGUGAAACCGGAAAGUCCAGAAGCAUCGGCAGAUGGGUACAAGGCUUUUGACGAUGCUGUGGUAGCCUGCUGCAGUGUAGGAACAUCUGCUCAAGUGAUUGUGGUGGAUGACACCAACCAUACCCAUGAUCGGCUGGCCCGUCUGGGGGAGGUAGCAGAGCAGCACCGGCUGGUGGCCAUGUUUCUGGAGCCCCGCACUGAGUGGAGCAGAGACUUGCCACAGUUGGCCAAGAGAACUCUGCGGGGACUAGAGGAGGCCCAGAUCCAGGCCAUGAAAGUUCCUCUUGAGGAGACGUCCCUGCCCCUUUUCUUUGGCUGGUUCCUUCUCCCUGGCAUCCAGGACAAGGUCAAGUGCAUGUCCAUGGAUUUCCUGAAGACUUUGGACACACUUGAGGCCUUCAAGAAGCACUUGCCUGACUUCACUGUUGAGGCUGAGAAAGAGGUGGACUUGGAGCAGUAUUUCCAAGCCAAUGGAGCUCUUCAUUGUACUACCAAAUUCUGUGACUAUGGCAAGGCCGAGGGAGCCAAGGAAUAUGCAGACAAACCAAUUGUUAAAGAGUUGUAUGGCUCUGUGUUCGAGCUGUCCCUCAGUGCCCUCUUCGUCACACCUCGCACUGUUGGUGCCCGGGUUUCACUCUCUGAGGAUCAGUUAACCCUGUGGCCUGCCGAUGCUGAGAAGGAGGCAGUCCCUCUAGUCCCGGCUGCCGCCACCCUGCCCGCAGGCAGCCGUGCCCACAUCACCCUGGGCUGUGCUGAGGGGGUUGAGCCACAGCAGACUGGCUUUGACCUGCUGGAGAUCCUAGCGCUGCAGCAAGAGGGUCAGGAGGGAGAGCUGGUGGAGGAGAUGGAGCUCGGCUCCCUGGCCUACUACGGCAAGGGGAGGUGGCUGCUCAGUCUGAGGGAGCCCAUCUCCGCCCAGGCCUGCUUCUCCAGCCUCUACGGGCCCAAGAAGGCCGACACGACCAAGAAAGACGGGGACAAGAAGAAGAAGCAAAAGUGCACCAUACUGUAAAGGAGAGGGGGAAGGUGGUGGUAAUGGAUGGCUCGGGAUGAGUGGCGUACUAGUGUUCUGAUUUGUCUGUGGGGAGGUUUGUGUUUGUGCUACUUUUGGGGUUUGGGAGGCGUAUUGGAUAUCCACUCCAAAUCCACAAGCUGUGUGCCUUUCUCUAUUGCUUUGCUGCACAACCCCAGAGGCCUUUAAACCACAGUUUAGGUCAAGCUUAGCAUCUUGUUCAGUGUCUUGUCAUGCGUUUUAGUGCCAUAGUUGCAAUUGGAUAGGAUUUCUGUAGACAAGGCCUGAUUUCAUGGCUCAGAUGUAGUACUGCUGUACCUAGUACUGCUGUACCUAGUACCGCUUCUCCCCGUUUGUGACCACGAUUUUUCCCUACUCAAUUCACGUCUAACACUAUAUACAACCCCUUCCGCAUAUGUCAGUGUUAAGCAUUUAGAUGUGUUUUCAUGUUUGGUGUGAGUGGCUCAAAUAGUAUUUUCAUCGCAUGCCAGGUUUUUCAAUUUAGCUGAUGUAGUUCUAGUCAUGAUUAGCUUCUUUGCAAAAAGUUGCACAUCUCUUUCAGUAAUUUCUCGUGACACCGGUCAUUUCCUGUGAUUUAGUAAGUCGGCCCUGUCAUGUGUUUGCAUUUUUAUGUGUGUGUUUAGUACGAAGGAAAGAGCUGGGUAAAUUUCAUAAGUAGCUCUUGGGCCAAAAGGGUGUCUGUGUGCUUGAUUUGAUGAACUGUGAAUGUCAUUCAUCGAGGCCAUUCCUAAUUAACUCUUUUUGCACGAUGCAGCAGAAAUCAAAGGGAGAAUGCUGAUGAAUGUGCAGUUUGUUUGAUUAGCUGGCACUUACUUGGUACUUAUCAAAUGCUGUGAAACCAAGGCCACAAUUUGCAAUAUUCUGUAGUAUAGGUGACUGCAGCCUGGGAUCAUCCCUCUUUCUGUCAAGUUGUAUGUAUUCACUGUCUUUUCAUGACUGAUGUGUAGGUCUCUUAGGGCAAAGCCAUGCUUGUGUAUUUCUUCCAAUGAGUCACUAUUUUUGCACAUGUUUUGUACACUUAAUAAAGGAAUUUGUUUUGCGGCAAA